ACUGACUACUUUUCUGCUGCACCAUCGUUGAUCGGUAAACUUAGUUGUAACUUGUACACAAACAGGAAGCACGUCGCGGUAAAGUGUACAGAUUUGUUGUUGGCCUCUCUGAUGCAUCAUGGGUAAUCUCUUCGGGAAGAAGAAGAGCCGAGUCACAGAGCAAGACAAGGCAGUUCUGCAACUGAAGGAACAAAGAGAUAAGUUGAAGCAAUACCAAAGGAAGAUUGAAGCGAAUUUGGCCCGUGAAAGAGAGGUCGCCAAGACGCUACUACGCGAUGGAAAGAAGGAGAAAGCUAAGCUUUUGCUCAAGAAGAAACGAUAUCAGGAGCAGGUGCUGACCAAGACCGACAACCAGCUAAGCAAUCUGGAGCACCUGGUCCAGGAGAUCGAGUUUGCCCAGAUUGAGGCACGGGUUGUGGAAGGACUCAAGACGGGCAACGAGUGCCUCAAGAAGAUGCACCAGAUGAUGUCACUAGAAGACGUUGAGCGAAUCAUGGAAGAAACACAAGAGGGCAUUGAGUAUCAGAGAGAAAUUGACGAGCUCUUAGCGGGUGGUUUGACCGAGGAUGAUGAGGCAGCCGUUCUGGAGGAGCUAGCACAGCUAACAGGAGUGCAGGAGGCAGGACCCCAGAUUGAUCAACUACCAGACGUGCCGACUGACAAACUUCCCGAUAUUGAAGACGAGAAGAGGAGGAAAGAAAGAACGGAAGAACGGGAGAUGGUUCUUGCCUCCUGAGAAGCUUCACCGUGCAGGGCUAAGUAUUACACUACCCUGGAGCAUUUUGUGACAAAGAAGCACAAGUGCAUUAGGUGUACAUAAAAAUUGUAGAAGCAGCAAAGCAUUGUGGGUUUUUUUCUGCCUGAUCCCUUGACAGAGUUUCAUUCACUGUGCACAGGGAAGAGUUGUUCCUUGGUCAAUCAUGCAAAGUAUUCGCAAUGCUGUCCAAUGAGAAAUGAAAGAAAUUAGUGGGUACUGGGAUGGGUAUACUCAUGGAACCUGGAUUUUUCAAGGGGGAGGAGGUAGCUGAGGUGUUGAAUUCAACAUUCUUGAAGACCAGAGAAGUGUUUGGAAUUUGCGAAGGGUAGGACACUGCAAAAUCAAUGAUUUUCUUAAGCAGCCAGCUCACCAUCCAGACUGAAUGAGUGCAGAAUGGGACUGACGGGAUGAUUGAUAAACAUAAUUUUUAUGCUUGACGUUGAACACGGAGUACGAGUUGAAAAUUAAUAGUGCUGAGAAUAGACUGCAAAUUCGUCAAAGCAAUCAGUCACUACAGGAAGAAAGUCUUUAACCCUCCAAGCUUUGCUGUCGUGAUAGAGAUGAAACAAAGAUGGACAUAGGGCUCUAUCACUGACCCCGGGGUCAUGAAACACAUCUGCCAUUGUGAUCUACGCAUAGACCACAACAACAUGCACUGUCUUCAGAUGGUAGGCAGGCCUUCACUGCUUAAAUGAAUGGCAAAAAUACAAGAAAAAUGUGGAGCCAACUGGGCAUGGCACCUAUGAUGCACUUCGCCAGGCAAUCGAGAAUGCAUUGCAAUAUUACAUGAAAUUAAACCUGUCUACUGUACAACAUUUGGCAUACCGUUGCUAACCAAGCACUUGCGCUUACUGCAGUAGUUACCAAUCUUAGGAACCGUGUGAUCACAUGGUACUCAGAUGUCAUGUGAUCAGACCCCGUUUGAAUGCAAAUUAACAAAACUAAGGUCUUUUUCAUCAGAAGAAAAUCAUAACGGGAUAGAUUUCACUUGUGUACGUAAUUGUUUUUAUUAACAAUUUACAGGGGAAAAACAGAUGAAAAUGAGAGUAUGUCACAAGAGCAGUAGUCAUCAACUAUUUUUCAGCAAUCUGGCAUAGCAGGACCCAAGUGCAUUUGAAAAGAUACAAGUAAAUGUAAAAUUUUCGUUGACCUGCAAGUCAUCAGCAACAUCAUGAUUUCAACCCAUGUGACAAAACUCAAAAUCCAAGUGUUUGACGAGUUAAAUUUAAGAGCUCUGACAACCAUAUUUAUAUAUAGCUAUGAGACCUUGAGUAGUUGCUUGGCAAUACCCUUUCCACCAAAAAUCAUUUACUUGCAAAUAAAUUCAGAAGUGGUUUAUAUUAACAUUGUGUAUAUAAUAUAUCUCUGUACAAAUUACUAUUUUGAAAAUAUUAUUGGCAGAAGUAUCCAUUCUAACCGAUGUAGACCCAGUAUUUUUUGAAAAAUGUUAAAUUGUGUUUUAAACACUUGGUGGACGUAAUUCCGGGAUUCAUAGAAAGAGUGUGUCAUUAAGCAUUUGUCCUGAUGAGGUUACAUGUACUUCCAAGGUGAACUUUGCUUCAUUUUUUCAUGAACACUUCCACACGGAAACAAUCAAUGCAAAAAAAUGUAGACCGCAAAUUUGGGUUUAGAAGACGAGACUUUCGUCAGCAUGUCUUGAACAAUUUGUACAACAUACAAAAUGCGGGGCUUAAAACUUAUUGCAUUAUAAAAAUAGAAUAAAUCCGCAUUAACGACAAAUGCAGUUCUUCACCUAAUAUACAAAGACGAAGUCACAAAGCUGAAACCAAUAUCACUAUUAAACAUCAAGAAACACUGAUUUCUACUGUCUGACCUCUUUCCACAAAACCCAAAGUCAGGUUUGAUUUGUACAAAGAUCUUGCUUAGAAAAACCAUUGGUGGACGUACAUGUAAUUCUGGAAUUCAUAGAAAAAGUGUCAUUAAGUAUUUGUCCUGAUGAGGUAACAUGUACCUCAACGGUUAAUUUUCCUUCAUUUUUCCAUGAACACUUCCACACAAAAACAUAAGUUUGUUCAAAAGACCUCCAUCAAUACGAAACAACUUUUUUCACAGCAAAACAUCCUACUUGAAUAGAAAACUUUUUAAAAAAAGGUGAAUCUUUACCACCAGUGCUGACAAAGACAGUUGUUCACAUUGCCAAAAACGGACUGUCAAACCUUUCCCAUGAUGCAUUGCAGCUAAAGCAGCCUUGAUGCAUCCUACAUGUAUGUGCCUGUUGGGCAUUGUAAACUGCGCAAUCUGGCAAAGCAAUAAUCUGCUUUUAGCAACCAACAUGGAAAGCUAAUUAAUAGCAAGUCAUACUGUAAUAUGUUUAGGUGUUUUUCGUUGCACCCUUAAAAACCAUUUACAAUAAACCUAAACCAGGAACUCGUAUAUAUACAUGAAUGCACACUGUAAACUCGUCAAUAGUCUUUAGAUGUAUUCCAUGUUUGUGGUACUUGUAGUGGUUUUAAAAGUCAUAAGCUAAUGUGAAGUAUUCCAAACUAUGUUGCAUGCUGUAACCAAAAACACAUGAAAACUUCUCUCAGAUGACAAAUGCUAAGAAAAUGUCGUUUGUUUCUGUUGAAAUGGUAGCAUUUGGUUCCCUGUAUGACUAAUUGGGGGGGGCAUUGCGUGUAGCAUUUUAUGCAUACUAAUGUGUCUUACAUCUAGGGCAGGACACACUUAGCACUUGCAAAGUUAAGCACACGCUUAGUUUUGCCAAUGCAGGUUUGAAUAAUGAGCAUCCAGGGAAAUGCUCCCAAAAAGUUUGAAUUGACAAACAUUCCAGGGUUUGAUUAUUAGAAGGAUAUGAAUCACUGUUUGAUGUGGCAGGAUUUGAGUCUUUUUUAAUUUUGGGAAAAUCAAGAUGUAUACUCAAUCUCGGAAUUUUUUAAGAACAUGUACAAAACCAUGCGUACUUCCUGUUUUUGUGGUUUUUUUCAAUAAAUGAAAAAUAUGCAGACUGCAAAUUUGGGUUUAGAAGACGAAACUUUCGUCAGCAUGUCUUGAACAAUUUGUACAACAUAUCAAAUGCAGGGCCUGAAACUUAUUGCAUUAUAAAAAUAGAAUAAAUCUGCAUUAACAACAAAUGCAGUUCUUCACCUAAUAUACAAAGACAUUAUAAAGUCACAAAGCUGAAACCAAUAUCACUAUUAAAAAUCAAGAAACACUGAUUUCUACUGUCUGACCCCUUUCCACAAAACCCAAAGUUAGGUCUAAUUUGUACACAAAUCUUACUUUGAAAACCCAUGGAGCUCUUAAAAACCCAGCUCUAUGGCUGAAAUGAAAUUUACAGCUCUCCCCAUGCUAUGAGCCACAAAGCUUGGUUUCCCCAUGAUCCACAUCCCUAACAGAUUUUUUUUGUGUAUUUAUAUGAGAGUAGAGUCCGAUUUCCUGCCUGAUCAACUGAUCAGGUGCAUUUCUGCACAACUGACCGAUAGCACAAAUUCAUCAUUUAUGAUGCUCAUCACAGAAUUAUCUAUGUGAUGGAAUGUUGACAACAACAUUUACUCGAAACAUUUUUGAAUUUGCGGUCUGUGGAAACAAGUCAAAUAUGGUUAAGAUUUAGUAAGCGCCAAGACAAAAAUAAUAUGCCUUUCGGAAAAAAGAGCCAUUACGUAAUCAACAUUUUUUGUUUUGCUUUUAUUGGGUAAUUUGUACACUUUCUCUGUGGGCUCUGUAAUAAAGACACAACGAGUGUGAACAUUUUGGUCGCACCUUUGUUUGUUUUGACUUUCUCAUCUGUGAUUUUGUUGAUAUGUUCAGCCGUUUGUCAUUUUCACCAUGUUGGACAAGGAGUUGCAGCUCUCAUAAAAGUGUGAAAUAAACUUUUCCAUCAAAACUGGGCGUAAAAGACAGGGUUUGCAAAUGUAGUUUCACAACAUAUUUUGAGUAAUUCACAAAUCUGUAUGGUAGAUUUACGGUUGUAAGUUGGUUGCAGGUGCCAGACUACUACACGACUGCAGGUAGUAUACAUGUUUUCGUUACUCUGGGGAACAGAACACAAAGGGAAUAAAAGAUGUUGCCUUGUCCUCGGUGGUAUUAUACUGUAGGAGCCAUAGCAAACACAUAGCUUUCUCAUAAAUGGUAUCAGCUCUGAGCGAAACAAAACGGGGGUUUUUAACUCACUGCAUAGGCGCACCACGACAUGUGCAAGUAUAUGCGAGGAGCACGCUAAGUAACUAAUUUACUCCGACAUGUAUGGUCUUUGCGUACAUGCCAAACGUGUGCAAGAACCUGCUUGUAACCACCUGUCUUUCUUUUGGCCGAUUGGGGGCGCACUUCAGCCCGGGGCGGACAUUAAAACAAGACCAUGAUUAGGCCUUCCCCGUGUUAAAGAGGACAGUUGCUUUUGCAAGCAAAGCCAAAACCACACUGGGGGACAAAAUUGGUCCUCAACAUUUUUGGUCCCCAUGUGAGAAGGUGCACCGCUACCAAACAUCAGUCUCGUGCAGGGUCAACAUACCACUUACAUGGGUACGAAAUAGUUGAUUUUCAUCGGAAUGUGCACAAACCAUAGGGACAUCUAUGUACAUGUAGGUGCGCACACUGAGGCUCAAACUAGUCGAUGGAGGUUGAGCACGAGUGCAGCCAUCAAGCGGCUGUAGGCAAAGGACGGGCGUUGUGGCAAAUAUUUUUGAGCAACACUGUCUCGAAAUU